AUGGCACGAAUACCCACCACAGAGCUGCGCAGAUAUCUCCUCCAGGGGCAAAUAUGUGGGCAAGGUUGCCUCCACACCUGUCGAUACAGAUACCCUCUGUCUCUGUCUCUGCCUCUAUCUUUGAUCAAGUCGUGGACUCCCAAACGACAGAGAUUACACACCUCGAGCCAAUAUAAGCAAACACACCCGAGUCCCAGUACAGCAAUUCCACUACAUGAAGCGCCCCCUGCGCCUCUUCGGAAACAACUCAAAGAACAGGCAAAGGCACUCAAGGCAGCAGGAAGAAAGAAGAAGGCCAAGGCUGACAGUCAGACUGUCCCUGGGUGGGAAUUGACCGUGGGCAUCGAAAUCCACGCGCAGCUGAACACGGCAAGGAAGCUCUUCUCCCCAGCCACGGCCUCGGCCCUCAACGACACCCCCAACAGCCAUGUCGCCCUAUUCGACCUUGCCAUGCCAGGCUCCCAGCCCGUCUUCCAGAAAGAGACCCUCAUUCCGGCGUUGCGAGCUGCCCUAGCCUUGGACUGCGACAUCCAGAAGAUCAGCAGGUUCGAUCGCAAGCACUACUUCCACUGGGACCAGCCCUCAGGUUACCAGAUCACCCAGUACUACGAGCCCUUUGCGAAGAACGGGAAGAUGGUGCUAUACCCCAGGGAUGGAAUCGCCCCGGACGACGGGGAGAGUGUCGAGGUUGGCAUCAAGCAGAUACAGAUGGAACAGGACACCGCCAAGACGAUUGCCCAACCGGGCGAGACGCAUUGGCUGGAUUUCAACCGCGUUGGAGUCCCCCUGAUCGAGAUCAUCACCCUCCCCGAGAUCCACCACCCGGCCACGGCGGCAGCGCUGGUGAGGAAGGUGCAGCUGCUCCUCAACUCCGUCGACGCCUGCGUUUCGGGGAUGGAAGCCGGGGGUCUGCGCGCCGACGUCAACGUGUCUGUCCGCAGGACGGACGGCGACCCGACCGCCACCGCACUCGGGACGCGCACCGAGAUCAAGAACCUGAGCAGCUUCAAGGCCGUCGAAGACGCCGUCAUCGCCGAGCGGGACCGGCAGAUCGCGCUGCUCGAGGCGGGCGGCGUCGUCGAGGGCGAGACCCGCGGGUGGUCCCUGGGCAGCACCGAGACCCGGCGUCUGCGCGGGAAGGAGGGAGAGGUCGACUACCGUUACAUGCCCGACCCGGACCUUGGCCCCGUUGUUAUCGGAGAAGACCUGGUCGAGCACCUGCGGAGCACAAUGGGAGUCCUGCCCGACGCUGAGGCGGAUACCCUUGUGCAGACAUAUAGGCUGAGCUCCAAGGACGCCGUCUCUCUCAUGCUUUUGGAUAAUGGCGGUCGCGUCCAAUACUUCUACAACGUGUUGGACGCACUGGAAGACCGUCUGCAAACUGAAUCAGCCACCAGUGGCGAGCCAGAGGUCUCAUCGGAGGGCCCGAAGCCACACGCGCUCCUAGCUGCCAAUUGGUGUCUCCACGAGCUGGGCAAGCUUACCGCAUCAAGCAACACCGUCGACGGCGACCCAAGCGCGGCUCCCGAAGAUGCCCUGCAGAUCACGCCCACCGGCGAGUGCCGCGUCGCAGCCGGUGACCUCGCGGACAUCCUGUUCCACCUCCACCGGCGGCGCAUCACGGCCAACGUCGCGAAGGAGCUGGUCUGGGCCGUCUUCCGCGGCGAGGCCGGCGCCGGCGCCCCGGGCAACGACGUCGGGAGCGUCAUCGAGAGGGGCGGCCUCUGGUUCACGGAGCUGUCGGGCGGCGAGUACGCCGAGAUCGCCGACGCCGCGGUGCGGGGCGAGGAGAAGGUGCUGCGGGAGUUCCGAAAGUUCCGGGACGGCGGGCUGAGGGCGUAUCCGCAAGGGAAGCUCAUGUUCCUGGUCGGGAAGAUGAUGCGUCUGGGGCCCGAGGGGAGGAUGGAUCCUAGGUCUGCGGAGCAGGUCAUGAGGGCGAGAAUUGAGGAGAGGUAUCUACCGGGGCUUGACGGUGGCUCUUGA